GAGCGAAGGAAAGAGGAGGAGGGGAGGAGAGAGAAGGAGGAGAGAUGCAGGAGCAGCCAGGAGGAUAGAGGACGUGCUCAGAGGGGUGUCCGCUUUCUCACCGCGGCCACUGAACUGCAGAGCAUCCUGCACGCAUUUGGAAUUUACACUUUGAUCAGCACCUCCAACUAAGAAGAGACUUGCAAGAUGUGGAAGACGAGCCAGUGGAAAGAGAAGGAAAAAGACAUGGAGAGAUCAACUAUACGCCAGCAUGGAUUUCUUGAAUUUCUCCGCUUUAGAGGAAGGAAUGGAGACAGACAACGUUUCCACUAACAACACCUCUCAGAGCAAGUACACCCCUCUCGCCAUCUGGAGUCUAGCUGGACUUGUCAGUUUUCUAAUCCUGUUUACAAUCGUGGGCAAUGUCUUGGUUGUUAUCGCCGUUUUAACGAGCAGAGCCCUCAAGCCACCCCAGAAUCUGUUUCUGGUGUCUCUGGCUACUGCAGACAUACUGGUGGCCACCCUGGUCAUGCCGUUUUCUCUGGCUAAUGAACUUAUGGGCUACUGGCUUUUUGGUAAGAUUUGGUGUGACAUCUACUUGGCUCUGGAUGUCUUAUUCUGCACCUCCUCCAUUGUGCAUCUCUGUGCCAUUAGUUUGGACCGCUACUGGUCAGUGACACAGGCGGUAGAGUACAACUUGAAGAGAACGCCAAAAAGAGUCAAAGGGAUGAUUGUGGUGGUGUGGUUGAUCUCGGCUGUUAUCUCCUUCCCACCUCUGAUAUCAAUGGAUCGGAGCAACAAUGAGACAACCCCCCAGUGUAUUAUCAAUGAUGAGACCUGGUACAUCCUCUACUCCAGCAUUGGGUCCUUCUUUGCCCCCUGCGUCAUCAUGAUUCUGGUCUAUAUUCGGAUAUACCAAGUGGCAAAGACGAGGACCAGAACCAUGUCAGAGAAGAAAAGGGAUGUGGAUUCGCCGCAGGAGAACGGUCGAACAGACACGGACAAAGCUGGUUCCUUUAAGUCUGAAAGGGGCGAGAGUGUUAAAGAGAAAGAAUGUGAAAAUGGCCAUUGCAAGGAGCACACGGCUAGCACUUCCAUGACAAACACGUCUAAAAAUCCACACGUCGACCACCACGAUGAUUUUGAUGACAGCAGUUCAUCAGACGAGAAGCCCAAGAAAAACUCCGCCUCAUCCAAACAUCACCAGGAUGAGCGAAAGGACCGCAAGUCCAGCAGGAAAAGCAGCUCCGCCUCGAAAUUCUCCAGCAGGAAAUCGUGCGCCAGUUCCAAGUCCAUGGAGCUGUUCUCAUCUCGCCGCAAACGCAGAAGCACAGUUAACAGGAAGAAAGUGUCCGCAGCCCGAGAAAAACGUUUUACGUUCGUCCUGGCUGUGGUCAUGGGGGUUUUUGUUUUGUGCUGGUUCCCCUUUUUCUUCUCCUACAGCCUGUACGGAAUCUGCAGGGAGAUGUGCAAGAUCCCUGAGACUCUGUUCAAAUUCUUCUUUUGGAUCGGCUAUUGCAACAGCUCAUUAAAUCCGGUCAUCUACACCAUCUUCAACCAAGACUUUCGCAGAGCUUUCCAGAAGAUUCUCUGUAAGUCAUGGAAAGGCUCUUUCUGAAGGGCUUUUAUGGACAUUUUGUGCGCCAGAUUACCAUUUAAGCGGUUCUGAGUUGCAGAGUAAAGUGUUGGCCCGGGGAACUAUUUCCACCUUUUACUGUCAGGGAUUGUGCUCGAAAUGAAGGCAUGGAAACGGAUCAAAGGCCUGAACAAAAGGUGCAGGAAGCUGCUCCGCUUUUGUUCACAGUCGAAGCUUUCACGAAAUGCCAGGCAGCUUUAUACACUCAAAUAUUUGCUCCGACCAAACCACUCACAUUGAUUUACGCUCCCUUCAUUGAAAUACAAUAAACAGACUCAUAACAGUCACUGUGAUGCACGCGCCGCACAACAGUCGCACCUGGAUGAACUGCUCAGGAGACAAAGGGUUUAUUGACACGCUUCAUUCAUAUGAUCUUUGAACGUAAUUGCCAAAAACUUGACAAUCUCCCAAAAAUAUCCAUAAAACAAUAGGGCAUAUGUCUUCUACGGCCCUUAAUCUGUUUUUUUUUUUAACCUUUGAAAUGUUUCACUCAAUAUGAGGACCAAUGGGACGAAGGGGCUCCUUUCUUACUGUUACAGUGUCAAAAUGAAAAGAAGAAAAAAAAUGAACCACUCACAAAAAAAAAAAUCGAUACAUGAAAGCUCUUGUAUGUAAGUUAUAUAUCUGCCUCAGUGAGAGGUUUCUGCCUGCCCGUACACUGAGAAUGAAGUGGCAACCUUUCACCAUGAUGUGUGGCAUUUUUUUGUUAUGUGUGCGAAAUCUGUGGAAUGUGAGGCUCCUUUGCCACAGCGGGUCCAGUAAGUCAUCUCUUUGCGGGGCAUCUCUCUGCAACUACAGUAUCUCUUGAGUCUGAAACAAUAGAUGGAUCACUGCCUCCCUGCUGCGGCAGAUGGACAUGCACGGAGGCUCCCGCUGAGUGUGUGAAAAAAUGGUUCUAAUGGAGGAGGAAGGAGAAAAUGAAAGUGUAUAGCGUGGAACAAUGUUGAUGAGGGGUGUUAAUCCCCACUGCCACUCAUUAUGCGUGUGUGCGUGUACGUGUGUGUGUGUGUGUG